AUGGGUUGUUGCUCGAGCAGCGAUGCGCAGGACGGGACUAGGAUGAGUAGAAGAUAUUCUGAUUGGUCCUUGCCGAGCGUGGUUCAUCAAGAAGACUCUCGGGCGUACCUAAAAGGAGGAGGAGUGGGAGGAGCAUAUUACGAUGGUUCACCGGGUGGUGUAAAUGGAGGUGGUGGAACAUCUGUGCGAAGCCUCGUGAGCCAGUCGAAUGCACGUAAAUGGAGUGAGGAACUCUUUGAGGAGAAGAUGGCCAACAGACGGCAAGAGAGAGAACAUUCAAUUAGAUCCAACCGUGGCGAUAUGACUAACCGGUCGAAUAGAUCGUAUCGUGGUGAUGCCACUAAUCGCUCACACGUUGGGGACUUGACGGGAAGGUCUUAUCGUGGCGGGGAAGCUACUACUCGAUCGUGUAAUCGAUAUUAUGCUGGUGGAGACUGUACUAGCAGAUCAACGAUUUACAAUUAUACGAGAGGGGAUACGACUUCACGAUCUACACGAUCGACAAGUCGAAUCGUGCGAGGGGAAGAAUCAAUGAGUAGUGAUUUUGGAGGUAUGCCCCCGCAGCACCCUAUACGAGGGAAUUUGACUUAUCCUAACAUCCCUCGAGAUGCUUCUGGGGAGGGGUCCUCUCCUGGAGAAUGGCAGGGCCAUUCACCGAUGCCAUCAUCAUUGCCUCCGACAGUGCCACUGGCUUCUAGGAGUCCGAUAUCGAGGAGACCUGCGAGGUCACCAGCUUCAUUUCGAAGAUCACAAACGGCAUCUAAUUUUAUGCCCAGUCCUCGCUCUCGAGUCCCUUUGCCAUCACCGCGAUCGGGUAUGCCCCUUAAAAAAGUACCGGCGCGGACUGCGAUGUAG